UAGAAUCAAAAUAAAGAAAAAUACACGCAUAGUACACGCAAACAGGCUACGGUACUCUCAUGUUAGACAAGAAGCAUAACGCUCGUCACAUAUCUACCUUCCAGAUGAUGCAGGAAGCAACAGUUACGUCGAUACUAGGAUUAACGACAGUCAUCGCCCUCACCCACGCCAUGAUAGGAUACGAUUGCGGAUCAAGGUCAACGAAUAUCACCACGUUAUCACUCCUAGAUGUUGGAGAAUGCAACUUCCCACAACGAGAUGUAAAUGUCACAAGAACCUGCAUCCAGUUGUUACAAAUUAACGAAUUCAACUCAGUGCACGUCAGACAGUGCAAAAUCGAGGUGGACCGAACCGUUCGGAAAUGCGGAAUGUUUUCUCACACCAUGGACGUUCGAAACGGAAAACAUGUCUACGUAGAAGAUGUGUCAUGGGACACAUGUAUUAAUAUGCACUUAUACGGCAGAGCUCAAUUAGGACAUACAACAGUUUCGGGAAUUAAAGCCAACCAAACCACAACCAGACCAAUUACACUGGCAGGAUCUAUCGACGAAAAUGGAAAUUGUAGAGGUACAUCCUAUUCCGACCCAUACGGAAGUUGGGACGACGCUUUCGUACUGAGCUCCAUAAAAAUAACCCUGCGAGAUUAUAACGCAGCGGUGAACCUAGAUACCAACAAAGUAUACCUAAAAUCCGGAGCCACCUGCGGAAUGAUGAGCGGACAAUGUACAGAUUUCGAAGGAGGAAGCACGUUUUGGAGCCCUGUCCCGACAGAUGCCUGUUCAUUUCGGAAGUAUGGAGUAUUGUACGAAGGACUAGCGGACAAGAUCAACAGUCACGAUGCGGAAAACAACCAAGUGAUGUACUCGUUGAUAACCAAGGAUGUCACAUUUGCCCUAACGUCAAGAUCAAAUUUGAAGGUCUGCGGAUACACUCUGGUCAGAACAGAACACCCAAAACUCCUGAUUUUCGAAACAACGAAAGGGGAUACAUUCAUUCCCAAAGUAAAAAUCGAUGUCGCCAAUUUGGAUAUCUUUACCUAUGUUAACUCUAAAUUUAUAUUCGUCGAAAAGCAUAUCCGGACGCAGGUCCAACAACUUUAUUGGGAUGUGUUGACACAAAAAUGCAAUCUGGAACGGGAUGUGCUGAAAAAUUCCUUAUCCAUCGCGACACAAGCACCGGACGAAUUUGCGUACCAACUGAUGAAGGGUCCUGGAUAUAUGGCAGUUGUGGCCGGAGAAGUAGUUCAUAUUAUAAAAUGUAUACCCGUAGAUACCAAGGUACAGCAAACAGGUACUCCUACAUGGACCUACCGAAGCCCAGGAGCCCUGGCCACCAGUGGCAUAUACGACGAGAGCGAACUCGAGGAACUAAGGGACCACAUCAUGUUUCCUGCGGAGCGCCCAGCAGUACUCAAUACCGUAGCCAGAGGAAUCAUGGGCCAGCCCGUUGUCCUACCGAGCGGCUCCAUCUCUAACCUUCUGGAUGAAACCACCCUAAAUAGAAUUGUUGAGAGUGCUUGGGAUAAGACAUGGGACAAAUUUGUAAAAUUCGGAAAUCUGAGCGCCGGCCUAAUUGGUGUCAUUAUUGUUAUACGAGGCAUAAAAUUGCUGAUGGAUACUAUAAUCCAUGGAUAUGCCCUGCAUACGGUAUACGGAUGGUCCCUCUAUCUCAUUGGGGCUAUAUGGGAUUCUGUAACCCACCUCCUUUUAGUACUGGGGAAAAGACCACCCAAACCUGUUCCACCAAGAUCAGAUGCAACUGCUAACCUGAGUCAGGACAUAGCACUAACCGAGCAAUUUAUAUCUGCGUCGCAGGAAUCAGCACCGUUAUACCCCGCGGUAGCACUAGAAAAGGAAAGACCGAGCGUCACCGAUCCCAAUCAAACACAAUCAAAUACACCUUCGUUUUUCUUCCUAAAACCAUAA